UGGAAGGCAACCCUUGUUCACAAUGUAUAGACCAAAAGUAAGCCUUAAAGACCGGCAACAACUUUACAGGCUUAUUAUUAGUCAGCUGUUAUAUGAUGGAUAUAUCAAUAUUGCUAAUGGUCUGAUAAAUGAAGUAAAGCCACAGUCUGUCUGUGCACCCUCUGAACAACUGUUGCAUCUUAUUAAACUAGGAAUGGAAAAUGACGAUAGUGCAGUUCAGUAUGCAAUUGGACGCUCUGAUACAGUAGCUCCUGGAACAGGAAUUGACUUGGAGUUUGAUGCAGAUGUACAGACUAUGUCUCCAGAAGCAUCUGAAUAUGAGACGUGUUAUGUCACAUCUCACAAAGGACCAUGUCGUGUAGCUACAUAUAGCAGAGAUGGACAGUUAAUUGCUACAGGAUCAGCUGAUGCAUCAAUAAAAAUACUUGAUACCGAAAGAAUGUUAGCAAAAAGUGCUAUGCCCAUUGAGGUUAUGAUGAAUGAAACAGCUCAGCAGAACAUGGAGAACCAUCCAGUUAUUAGGACUCUUUACGAUCAUGUAGAUGAGGUCACCUGUUUAGCUUUUCAUCCAAAUGAACAAAUCCUUGCAUCUGGAUCAAGAGACUACACUCUGAAAUUAUUUGACUAUUCAAAACCAUCUGCCAAGAGAGCUUUCAAAUAUAUUCAGGAAGCAGAAAUGCUGCGCUCUAUAUCUUUCCAUCCUUCUGGGGAUUUCAUACUUGUUGGGACACAGCAUCCUACCCUGCGGCUCUAUGAUGUUAAUACUUUUCAGUGCUUUGUAUCUUGCAAUCCUCAAGAUCAACAUACAGAUGCUAUAUGCUCAGUUAAUUACAAUGCAAGUGCUAACAUGUAUGUAACAGGCAGCAAAGAUGGAUGCAUCAAAUUGUGGGAUGGAGUUUCAAAUCGUUGUAUCACCACUUUUGAGAAGGCACAUGAUGGCGCUGAAGUCUGUUCUGCCAUUUUCUCUAAGAACUCCAAGUACAUACUUUCAAGUGGAAAGGAUUCUGUGGCUAAACUGUGGGAGAUAUCAACAGGGAGGACACUAGUCAAAUAUACAGGAGCUGGCCUGAGUGGACGCCAGGUUCAUAGGACACAGGCUGUUUUUAAUCACACCGAAGACUAUGUGCUCCUUCCAGAUGAAAGGACCAUUAGCCUUUGCUGCUGGGAUUCACGAACAGCGGAACGAAGAAAUCUUCUUUCCUUGGGGCAUAAUAGCAUCGUUCGCUGCAUUGUCCAUUCGCCGACAAAUCCUGGGUUUAUGACUUGCAGCGAUGACUAUAGAGCUCGAUUUUGGUACCGAAGAUCAACCACAGAUUAAAACAGCAGUUCUGAAACCAUUUGCUCAAAUUUUAUUGCCAUUUUCUUUUACAAAUAAGUCUGUUUUUAUUAUGAUUUAUUUAAGAAGUUUGAAAAUGGAUCACCUGUAAGAAAGAAAAAAGCCCAAUACCUUAAGGGUAUUUUUAAAGUUAUGGUCUUAUAUAUGUUUUUUUUAAAAAAGAACCCGUAAACUUACCGUAAUUUUUUUCUUAAGUGUACAAGUCUGCCCAUUUUUACUACUUAAAAAUCUUUUGUUUUUGUGUUUUUAACAAAACAUUUAAUAUUCUUGAUUUCCUUGGAUAUACAAAUAAUGGCCUAGUUCUGACUUGUAAUUUUGUACUGUACUUUAAUGUUUUAUUAUUCUUUAGAUGAUUUACCUCUGCUAGCCUAUAGUUCUCUUAUUAAAACUGAUUCUUAC